AUGGACCCUUCCAUAAUAGCGUCGCCUCAGUUUGGGAUAAUAUGGAGGAAGAAAUUGCGAGGAAACUAUAGAGGAUGGACAGAGCAGAUAUUUGCGCAAGCUCUGGUUUAUACCCCCGAUGAUACACAAUUCGUCUAUGUCGCGUCCCAGAUGAACAUGGUCUAUAAGAUUGACGCCAAAACUGGGGAUAUUUUGAUCUCCAGGAACCUAGUAAUUCCAUUUCUGGUCUCCGAGCUAGAUGAUUGUAAUGAUAUUAGUUUUGUUAUUGGAAGCACAGCUACGGGUGUUAUUGACGACAAGACCAAUACUUGGUAUCUUACCACGAAGACAUACCGCGAUCAGAAUGAUGUCGAGAAGGGUAGGGCGAAUGGACGCUAUCUCAUUCACGCUUUGGAUACCCGGACACUGGAGGAGAAGCCGGGCUAUCCAGUUGAUCUCGAAGGACUUAUUGCUAGAAACAACCCAAUCAGGAUGUUCCAAGGGGGUAUCCACCAUCAACGCCCAGCAUUGAUGCAGAGUGGUCCAUACAUCUAUGCGGGUUUCGCGAGCCGCUCACCCAGUUCAACAGAUUGCGUACAGUAUAACUUUACCGGCUGGAUCAUUGGUUGGAAUGGCCAAACGGGACAGAUUGUGGAGAGGUUCGCUACUGAGGGUGGGCCCGAAGAUAAAAAAGGUGGUGGUGUAUGGAUGAGCGGUGGUGGUCUUGCUCAAGACUCUCGUAGGUUCCUUUUGUGCAACUGUAUGCUUGUGUAUGCUUCACAACUUAGCACAAUUCCGGUCCCAGGGCGGCAGCCUCCCACAGCUCUGGAGGAGGCGGCUGUUCACGUGGCGAUUAAUUCCGAUGGUACCCUCGACGUAAUAGACUUUUCUAACAUCCGUUUUCAGCAAGCUCUAGAUGGCGCAGAUAAAGAUCUUGGAACUUCAGGUAUUGCAUUACUGGACCCUACAGUUUUUAGGACGCCGACAGUAGCACGGAUUGGGUGUAUUGCGGGGAAGUCGGGAAAACUGUAUUUCUUGAACCUUGACGACCUCGGGGGCUACCAGAUGGGCCCGAAUAAAAAGGACGCUGUUCUUCAGACAACAGAAUUGCUUAAUUCAGUAUUCGCAACUGCAGGGUCGUACCCCCUCGAGGGCGGCUAUGUUUACGUCAAUGUUGUUCAACACCCUACUGUUGUGUUCAAGUUUAGUGUUGGACCAAAUGGCGAACCAGUGUUCACACAGGUUGCGCAGUCUAAUGAAAAGACAGCCUUUGUGCUUGGGGUUGGUCAUGGCACAUCGACAUCUCUAAAUGGGCAACCAGGGACGGGUUUGUAUUGGGUCACAGAUAUCCAGGGUCUCAAUCUCCGGAUUUAUAAGGCUGUUCCAGAGAAUGGAGUACUGGUUCUCCUAAAGGGGUUAAACAUCCCAGCCCAAAUCAAGUUCAGUAGGCCUACCUUCGGGAAUGGCAAAGCAUAUUUGACAACGAGUGAUGGAAAUCUUGUUGCCGUGGGAUCACCUGUGAACCCUCCGAUGAAUUGUUCAUCGCCGAUUGAGUUCGGCAAUGCCACUAUUGGGGGGGCUGGUGUGACCAAGACCCUUAUCUGCAGAGCAAAUAUUGCCGUUUCAGUAACUGGAAUUGGUCCUCGCAUGGCUCAGUACUUCUCGGUUUCUGAUCUCCCAAAUUUCCCUUUGGCGCUGACAGCGGGCCAAACUGUUAGCUUCAAAACUACAUUCAAGCCAACCGCGCCAGGCCCGCUCUCAGAUGACAUUUACGUCAAUACUGCUAAUUCAAUUGCAAACUAUGCUGACAAUACACCCAUUGCCGUACGCGGUGUCGCCACUUCCCUUACACCUGUUCUCUUUAUUAGCCCUAACACUGUUUCUUUUGCUGGUAUAAUCACGGGGGAAAACCCUGAUGGCUUUAACCGUGCGGUUAUGAUACAAAAUCAAGGUGGUACAGAGCUAGUCAUUACAGAGAUAAAAGUGAGCAAUACUGGGGAAGCAGGGCCCUUCUUGCCUCCGGGAACCACGGUCGCUGGGCCUUUCACAUUUACAGGGUUACCGACAACCAUUCCUCCAGAGUCUUCUGUAACUGCUAAUAUCAAUUUCAAACCUACUACUGACGGGAACUUCGGAGCUUAUGUGCAGUUCAAGACAAAUGGGGGUACCAAGUUUCUGACUGUAGUGGCCACUGCCGGCAGCCACCCGAAGGCACUAAUCGAAUUCGAAAAGGUUGAUGGAUCUGGGUGGACUGCAUAUCAACCCGGUGUGCCUUUCAGCUUUGGCACUGUUUUCCAGCAGACUACCAGAACUCUGAGGAUGAGGCUUACCAACUUCGGCAAUGCGUCAUUGAGGCACACUGACACUUUUAAAAUUAGUGCACGCAACGGAAUUGAUCUGGGUGAAGGGACAGAGCUUGCGGCUGGGCAAUCUGCCACCGCACAGCUAUUCUGCUCUGUCCCCAAGUCUCAGGUUAAUGUGGAUGCAUAUGUCGCCAACUCGACUUGGACCAUGAAUACCAACGACCCCACAAUGGGGAAACAGGACAUUGUAUUUGCUUGUGAUGCUGUUUCAGAACAGCUUGGGCCAUUGAAGGCAAAUUCACAAGGGAGAUAUCGGUACAUUGGCUGCUUCAAAGAGAAUAAUCCUGGACGGCAGCUCUCAAACCAGCUCUACGGCGCAGAUGAUAACGAGAACGGAAAAUGCAUGAGUGGGUGCGCUGGGGCUGCCCAGAAUUUCAUCUUUGCAGGGACCCAAUACCACCGUGAGUGCUGGUGUGGCAAUAAAAUCCCCACUCAAAAGGUCGGUGAGGAAGAUUGCAACUUUGACUGCUCAGGAAACGGCACCCAGCUCUGUGGAGGCAAUGGUUACUUUGGCGGUGGCUCGUACAUUAGUUUAUUCGCGGAUUCGGAUCGGCACAAUCCCGGAGAUCCUGUGUCUUCGACUACGACCACCGGAAGUCCGACUGGCUCACCAACGCCUACUCCUACGGGUGGCCCAAUUGACAACCCCGGAAACUCCAACUUUAGUUUUGCUGGCUGCUACACAGAGGCUACUACUGGUAGGGCAUUGUCAGUGCUUACCGGAUCCGACACGAUGACCGUUGAUACCUGUCUUGGAAUCUGCAACUCAUAUGAGUAUGCCGGUCUCGAGUAUGGAAGGGAAUGUUGGUGCGGAAACACACUCGCAAGCGGUGCUGUCCCCGCUCCUCAAACAGAAUGUCGCAUGAAGUGUGCCGGAAAUGCAUUGGAAUACUGUGGCGCUGGAAACAGAUUGAGCCUGUACAAGAAAAAGGACUUGAACCCUUCAUCCUCUUUGUCGGUUACAGGCUCUACGAGCUCUGCUUCGGGCACGGGCACCUCUGGAUCUGGGAACACUACUGCAACCUCAACUUCGACUUCUGCGACUCCAACACCAACUGGGCCGACUAUCAAUCCCGGAAAUACAAAUUAUACAUACCUGGCGUGUUAUACCGAGGCCACAACUGGACGGGCUCUUAGCGGUAAAUCGCUAGCCUCAGAUGACAUGACUGUGCCCAAAUGCCUUCAGGCUUGUGCGGGAUUUAGAUACGCUGGGCUGGAGUAUCGCCGGGAGUGUUACUGUGGCAACACCUUCAAUGCUGGCGCAGUUGUUGCACCAAGCACCCAAUGUAGUUUGACUUGUAUGGGUUGUGGUGGUGGGAGCAGAUUAACGGUAUACGAGAGGAGGAAUGAGACGGUUUCUAGCACUAGCUCAAGUUCUACUAGCUCGCCAAGUGCUGGCUUGGGCGCUGUUGGGGCAUUUGCUCAGAUGUCUAGUGAUUCGAAUUCUACAUCCACUAGCAUAUCCACUGCUUCUCAAUCAGGCUCCACUUCAAGUACAUCUAGCUCAACUACGCCCGCGAGCGUUACGGGGAGUUCCUCGAUUUCAUCGACCUCAUCUGGGAAUGCAACCCAGACCUCCUCGUCUUCAACAUCGACAUCAACGUCGACUUCAACAAGUGGUACCACUUCCGCGACACCAACAGCAUGGUCUUAUCUAGGAUGCGCAAACGAAACCGACCCUCGUGCUCUUAAUGGUGGUCGGCUGACUUCCGAAAGUAUGACGGUGACCAAGUGUCAGGCGUUCUGUAUUGAUCGGAAUCUCACUCUUUCCGGACUUGAAGCUGGUAACGAAUGUUACUGCGGAACGGCGCUACAAAGUCACUCGACAUUAGGCUUCACAGGAUGCAAUACCGCUUGUUCUGGUAACUCGUCCGAGAUCUGUGGUGGAUCUGACAGACUCGGCGUCUACAACUACACCUUGAUGAAACCCCCGGCGGUGGCCCACGUUGCAGCCGUUGAGACAUACAUUACCCAGGGAUGUUACACGGACGAUGCUCUUUCCGGCUUCUCCUUCACCAACAGUACUGGAAUGACGGUUGAGUUCUGCGUAGGAGCAUGCAGAGGAAGAAACAGCACCUAUUCAGGUCUCGAAUCCGGCGAACGGUGCCACUGUGGAACUACCCUAGCAUCCUCUGCCUCAAGACUGUCCGAUGCAGAAUGCAAUAUACCCUGCACGGGUAAUGUUCGCGAGUAUUGUGGAGCAGUAAAUAAGCUGAGCCUGUACAUGAACCAGCCCUCGAAUAUCACGACCGCGGGACUUCCAAGUCUGGUAGAUAAUAUUGCGGAAUAGGGCGGGAUUCCGCGGGAAAGUGGAGAGGGGAAGCGCGAGGGAACAUGAGAAAACUCUAAGUGAUAGUGUUUAAUGACUCGAUUAUGGGACAUGGGGAGUUUGCGUUACGCCGCAUAUUAAUGUAAUUUUUAUUCUCAUAUACGAUGAAGAAAGAGAGAAAGGAAGGAACGAAUGAAUCGAUUAAUAAAUUCAAAGUUAGCUGCUCAAUAAAUUGGCAAUGGUUCACUCAGCGCCGACGUCUCCUAAUCGGGAAAUCUUGUGUUAUCGCAGUCUUGAUCAUGGGGCCUGCACUGGAUUCUGAAAAGGGAUCGAAUAUUGUGAUUGGUGAGUGAACUGGGUAAGAAUAAUAUGUGGCCUACCCUAUUAGCAUUACCGUAGUGUUCACAAGCAUACAUACGGAGCGGACCAAUAGUGAACUAAAUGAAAUCUCUGUUCGGAGGGGGGGGGGUAACAAUGGUAGGUAACGCAUGGUUACUUGUAACUACAGUAACUUUGUCCGCCAGUCCACAAAUGACAUCCGGAAGAGACAGAAGGUAUAUAUUAUUAAAUUAGAAUGGAUCCCAAGACCAUCUCCUGUUCGCUGAAGGCAUAACGUUCUAACAAAGCGAGGGGAAAUAAGAAGUGAAGUCUCCGUAGUCUCCUGUGACGGGAGACAAAUAUACCUUCUGCAACCCUCUCAACACAUCCAAGGUUACACGCGCAUUGGGCAACCCUGCAGGAACUAACAUACGGUACGCACAACGUAAGGCAUGGCGCCCGAUCCGAGGAAAAAACCCUUUUGGGUAAAUCACGCACAGGCACUCGAGGCACGCAACCUCCUCCCGUACUGGUACUGUACAGUACGAGGGAUCUUUGGAACGGGGAGCAAAUGACGCUUUCUACAACAUCUACGAUACAUGCAUACAUUCGCUAUAACCGAACCCUACACUCCCGGUUUCAGAACACCGCAAGAGCAUCCUGAUAUGCCGCCCUUGUCUGAUUCCCCGCAGCCUCCACCACGUCCUGAUCGUCGGGCGCGAGCUUCUCCACCAAUGCCGUCCAAAAACCGUUAUUGUCGCGAGAUAACUGGAGUAACUGGUUCCUGACUUGCGUGGUUACUCCCAGCGCGGCAAACAGCGGUGCCUAUUCCUAGUCAGAAACAAUACCGGGAGGAAUUGAGAAAAGAAAAAGAAAAAAAGGCCCCAACGGGACAACCAACACUGUCAACUUAGAACUUUCUAAAGCCGAGUAAGUCGACAUGACGAUGUCUGCCGUGGCGAGGUUGAGGUCUGUGUUGAGUUUUCCGGCAGCGGCACUAAUGGAUAGUGCUUCCUCUCGGGUCCCGGUGAAUGCUUCUACCUCUGCUUGGAGCACGGAUUGGUCAUGUAUUAUGGUAUUGAUUUUUGCGAUGGUUGAGGUGUGGUCUCUGGGUUCGAGGGCCGGCGUGGGGAGGCGAAGGGAGGCCGUGAAGGGGGAGGAGGGGAGGAGGAGGAGGAGGAGGAGGAAUAGGAGGGGG